AACUUAAUAAUUCCCUUGAUCUUACGUUAAACCCAGAACGACAAGGGCAUCGUCACGCUGCUUCCUGUCGCUCGAACAAUUUUUGCAGGGAGAUCUUUCGCAGAUUCAGAAUAUUCAUCUGUGUUUGCUAUCAGAGGGAUUGUCAAAACAUCAGAAAUUUAUUUGCUGCUGAGAACCGAGGGACGUGAUGGCAGGACAACUGCCUGGGUAUCCUUCUCAUCAUAAAGCUCAAAGUAUUGCAUUGAGUAAGUACCUGCAAGAAGACCCUCAAAGUUUGAGGAGAUGGUAUUUCUCUAGAGAAGAAAUUGAAAACCAUUCUCCAUCAAGGAAGGAUGGCAUUGACUAUGAGAAAGAAUCAGGUUUACGGAAACUGUACUGCUCAUUCUUGCAAGAGCUUGGGAUAGAGCUUAAAGGGCCUCAAGUGACAAUUGCAACUGCAAUGCUAUUGUGUCAUCAGUUUUAUAUGCGCCAAUCUCAUACAAAGAAUCACUGGCAGAUUAUUGCUACUGCGUGCAUGUUCCUUGCCUGCAAAGUAGAAGAAACUCCGCGCUGGCUUUCAGAUCUUGUUGUUGUUUCAUACAAAUUAAUAUACAAAUGGGAUCCUUCUGCCCCACAAAGAAUCAGAGAUAAGGAAGUUUAUGAUAAGCAUAAAGAAUUAGUUUUAGCUGGUGAGCGACUUCUAUUGUCGACUGUUGCUUAUGAGCUCAAUAUCGAACAUCCUUACAAGCCACUUGUUGCGGCUAUAAAGAGGCUGGAAAUCUCUCAUAAGGAGCUUGCUAAAGUUGCAUGGAAUUUUGUGAAUGAUUGGCUUCGAUCAACACUGUGCUUACAGUACAAGCCCCACUACAUUGCUGCUGGUUCUUUGUUCCUUGCUGCAAAAUUUUUAAAGGUGAAGCUUCCAACAGGAAAGGGGAAAACCUGGUGGAUGCAAUUUGAUGUCUCACCAAAGCAAUUAGAAGAUGUUGUUCAGCAAAUGCUCCGUUUUCUGGAGAAUCACGGUCAAGCAGUACCACCAAAAUGCGGUAGAUCUACUGAAUCUAGACCUGCAAUUGGAAAAGGUGUGUCUUGUAACACAGAGUCGUGUAUUUCAAGUGGUUCAAUUAUUGCUCCAGCUGCCAGUAGUACAGCAACGGUGGAUACAGGUGGGCUUCUAAAAAAUGCAAUUUCCGGAAAUGGCAAUGGACAUUUAAGCACUGUUGGUGAUUCUCUCAAACAGAAAUAUCAGAAACAAGCAGUACCAUUACCAUCUGGUAGGCCUACUGAAUCGAGACGUGCUCUUGGGAGAGACGUAUCUAGAACCAUCGAGUCAUGUGUUUCGAGUGGUUCAGUUGCUGGUCAGGAUUGCAGCAGUUCAGCAAUGGCGGAGACUGGGCAACUCCCAAAAAGCGUGAUUUCCAAAAACAGCACUGCACAAUCAAGCAUCACUAUUGAUUCAGCCAAAGAGAAUAAUCAGAAAAAAGAGCUUCUGUCAAUGUGUGGUGGAUCUACUCAAUCAGAAGCUGUGUCUCAUAGCAAAAAGCCAUGCAUUUCAAGUAGUUCAGUUAUUGCUCAGGAUUCUAGCUGUACAUCAACGGUGCAGACUGGAGUGCUUCCUAAAAGUGCGAUCUCCAGAAACAGCAGUGAACCGUCAAACGCUGUUGUUGAGUCUAUCUACGAGAAGGAGCAUUUGGAUAUUAGUGAUUGUGGUAGUGCAAAUAGUGUAGUUGAGGAUGGUAGCAGUGAGCCUAGAAUGGGACAGGCCAAACAAGAACCUUGCAACACUGUUUCUGCUGAAGAGCCCAAGAGGAAGAUAGAUGUUCAUCGUAUCAAAGAGACACUAAAGAGGAGAAAAUUGGACAAAACUAUGCACAAGAAAGUAGAGAUGGACGAUGAGAUAGACAGUGAGGCGUGGAUUGAGAGAGAACUUGAAAAACCUUGCAACAUUGUUUGUGCUGAAGGCCCCAAGAGGAAGAUAGAUGUUCAUCGUAUCAAAGAGACACUAAAGAGGAGAAAAUUUGACAGAACUACACACAAGAAAGUAGUGAUGGGCAAUGAGAUAGACAGCGAGGCAUGGAUUGAGAGAGAACUUGAAAAUCUAGAAUAGACCCUGAUUUGAAAUGUACAUGUAAGCACGACAAGGGAAAAGCCCUGGUUUAGAAUGUACACGUAAGCAGAACAAGAGUAACGUACAGAUUGAGUUCUAUGAGGAAAUCAAUAUAUAUUACUUGCUGAAAAUGCAUUUGUGAAGUUUCCUUGAUCGAAGUCUUUGUGAUUGCAAUAACACUUAAACUUUCUAUUGUUAAUAUUGGGUAUAUACUUUGCACAUCAGUGCAGUCAAGAUUGAAAUGGUGCCUUGGGUUUCUUCCCCUGAAUGUUAUAGAAAAUUUGAACAUGUUUCUGGUGAUGAAAUUUAGUGGAAAAAGUUUUAAAGAAUUCCGACAUCUAAAGAUAGCUUUCUGCAACAUGUGAAGCUUUGAUCUAAACAGCCCCUUUUGCAGAAAAUAUUUCUGAAACAGGAGUAUGGACAGUUGGCCCCAUUUGUAAUUGUGAGCCCUAACUCCAUUGUUAGGUUUGGGAAUCCAUUCCCAUGUGAUGAAAUCUGUGAAUGAGCAUACAAAUUAUGGUUUUCCAAGUUCGGUAUAGAUUGCAGUGGAAUGCACAACAUGGGGCAGGAAAUGUGUUACAGACCACCAAAGAAUCCAUGGAACUUAUGUCUAGUUGCCACAGGAGAUGAAGGCAAACUCCCCAGGAAUUCAGGCUUUUAAGAGGCCAUUAUUGUGCAGGGACAAGACACUGGGUCAAACAAACAAGCUAAGGUUUGUCCGACCAAGGAAAAGAAACCUUUCUUACACUCAAUCAUGUGAUGGUAAAAGCCAUAUCAGAGUGAAUUGGAAGGCAGAAAGGGUGAUCUGAGUGUGAUGAUAAGAUUCAAGCGUGCGUUUAUAUAUUCAAGUUGAAUGCAUCUUAUCUUCAAGAUUAGCUGCGGGUAAAAGAAUGGCAAUGAAGAUGAGAUUACUGUUGUGAUGAGUGGAUUUGGGAAAGCAAAGAUGAUGAGAAGAUCAUAGAAUUGAACAUCUAUGGUCCUAGCUAGUGUUGGAUUUCCAUUCACUUAAGCAUAUUAUGUAAACAUGUAUUCUUCCAGACUUCAAAUCCUUUGUCUUCUUCUCUGACUCCUUUUUAAAACCUGCAACUUUAGACCUCCUUUUUAAGGGGCCUUGCCAAAUUUGUGUUACUUUAAGCUGCAUUAUACAAUCCUUUCAUGAAA